AUGAUUAUUUAUGGUGAUUACACCGAUUUUAAUGACAAUCAAACUAUCCAAAUUAUUUCUCCAAAUAGAAGUUAUGUUAGUAAAAUUUGCGUUGAUGAAUUUAGUGUUAGCAGGUGUAAUGAUUUGAAAUUAUCAAACGAAAUAGUAAUUAAUGUUUUUUUGUUGCUAAAUUUAAUUAGUUUUAUUGGAUGUAUUCUUGCCAUUCUGAUGUUUAAACUUUUAAUUAAUUCUAAAAAUCAACAAACCAAUACUUUUAUUGUUAUUAAGUUUUUAUAUAAUCAUAUCAUUUAUAAUAUUGUCAUAAGCAACUUUAUGAAGAUUUCAAAUUGUAUUACUAUAGUUGUUCUAACAAUUUAUCCUGCUGUUGUAUCAGGAUACAUACUUAGUACCGACUCUACUACUACAAAAAUAGCCUUCUUGAUUUGCAGUUUAUCCCUCAGUAGAUUAAUUGAUCAUUUUGGUGAUAAUGAACCUAAAAAAGUUAUGACAAUGAUUUCUUUUUAUCUACAUUGGACUGCAGAUAUGAUAGUAAAAGAUAGGAUUGAAAAUGCAAAAAAACCCUUAGCGGAGUCAAAAGAAAAUCUGAAAACAUUAGCAGAUCAAAUACACAUAACAGAUGAAAAAAUCAAAGAAGAUAUAAAUAAGAUAAAAGAAAUAUUGGAAAAUCAGGAAAAAGAAUUAUCAGAAAUAAUCAUCAAUUAUGAAGAGGGUAAAAUAGAAGAUAAAGUAAAAAAUAUCAAGACAAUGUUAAAAAUUCAAAUGGAAGAUAUGAAAAAGUUGAAAAACCAAAUAAGUGAGGAAAAUUUGAAUCAAGGAUUAGACGAUGAAAUAAAAAGAUUAGAAGAUACUAAUGAAAAACUAGAUAAGGUAAAAAUAUAUCCAUAUCUUUUUAAAAGGACAGAGGACAAUAAACAUGUGGCAUGA